CAUCCUCAUUCUGCGUCCUUAUUAACAUCCGUUAUCAUCAACAUGUCCGUCCAAGGCCACUGCGACCCGCGCUUCAGCAGCCUGCGCGACACAUUUGCCAAACAGCUGGAAUCCGGCGCUGAACUCGGUGCCUCCGUCUGUGUCUCAAUAAAUGGCGAGACCGCUGUCGACCUGUUCGGCGGAUACAGCACGCCUGCUCGCACGCAGCCCUGGACCAGCGACACCAUCGUCCCCGUCUGGUCCAUCAGCAAGACAAUCACAGCCCUGGCUGUCUUGAUCCUCAUCGACCGAGGGCAAUUGCACCCAGACGACCCUGUCGCAAAAUACUGGCCCGAAUUCGACACAGACGACAAGCGCUCCAUCCUAGUCCGACACUGUCUCGGGCACACCGCCGCCCUCCCCUCGUGGGACCCCGAACUCCCUGUCUCCGAACUGCUCGCAAACCAACCCCUCGCGACCGAGAAACUCAUUGCCCAGAAGCCCUGGUGGGAACCAGGCACCGCAUCAGGCUACCACCUCAUGUCGCAGGGCCUGCUGCUAGGCGAACUCGUGCACCGGGCCAGCGGCAAAUCACUGCCAGACUUUGUCCGCGAUGAACUCUCCACGCCCCUCGAUGCAGACUUCCACCUCGGACUCCAGGAUGAGCGUGAAUGGACCCGCCUCGGAGAAAUGGUCUCCCCAGCUCCAUUUCCAGCGGCGAUGCUGAAGGACCCGCCCAAGCCCGGUAGCCCGAUGUACAUUGCCCUGCGCGCCUUCCGGGGCUGUCGCAUCGAGGCAGCACACACGUUAACCCCGGAAUUCCGGCGCUGUGGUGUCGGCUCGUUCGGUGGGUUUUCGAACGCGCGUGGCUUUAACAAGAUCCUUGAGAUUAUCACGCAUGGAGGCACCUUGAAUGGGAAGCAGUUCCUCAAGUCCUCGACCGUGGACCUGAUCUGGCAAACGCAGGCUGAGGGGCCGGAUCUUGUGAUUGGUCUUCCGCUGAAGAUGGGAAUGGGCUUUGGGCUGCCGAAUGGUAGUAUGGACUGGAUUCCUGAGGGCAAGGUGUGCUUCUGGGGUGGAUGGGGAGGGUCCAUUGCCAUUGUUGAUGUUGAGCGUGGAAUCACCUUUACGUAUGCGAUGAACCGUAUGGAGAAUGGGACUUUAGGCAAUUCCAAUGCGGAGGCAUAUGUAAAGGCAUUUUAUAAGGAUUUCAACGGGGGUGCGAAGGCGGCUCUGUGAUGUAGUUAGCUUGUUAUCCUCGGGAUAGGUUAAUGUGAUAUGAAUGCAUGAC